AUGUCGGUUGAUGUGUCAUGGGAUGUUGAUAAAUACCGAGAAGAGUAUGAAAGCGAAGAGCAUUGGAAUUUAAGACGAGCGUUUAUUAAAAGAUGGAAAGAUGACUAUCCCGAGGAGAGAUUAGUUUGUUUGGCGCAAGUUUUCGCCAAUAUUGAGUUUAUGGGAUGUAGAUACCCUCUAGAAACCAUGCAGGAAGUUGCCCGGUUAUCACAGGAUAUAGCAACUAAAUAUAGAAAAGAAAAAAAGACAAAACUACAAAGGACAUUUGUAUCAGCCUCUGAUGCUGCAGAAGAUCGAGCAAAAGGCAUCAAAAGAGAAGGUGGUGUGAUUAAAGAUGCUCCAAGUUCAAAAUCAAAGAAAAUAGAAUUUGUCAAACAAGGUGAAUCUAAGAACUUAGAAGAUAUACCAAAAACUGAUGAGAUAGCCAAUUCAGAUAAUGAAUUAUCAGAAAUCAUUGAAAAUGAAAAUGGUAAGGAAUCUACUGAGGUCAGUGAUGAAAAAGUUAGUAAUGAUGUCUCUAAAGAGGAUUUAAAGACAGCUCUUUUCAAUACAUAUGUAGAAGAAAUCUCAAAAAUAAGAUGUUUAGACAUCAGAUGUUUUAAUAGAAAUAUGUUUAUGACAUCAUUUGGUAAAUUUGUACUUCUCAUACGGUCGUGGGCACCAAAAAUGAGUAAUAUACAAGGUAGCAGUGUUGCCAGCCAUCUCCAAUUACAGUCCACAUAUGAAAAUAAUAUAUUGACCGUAACAUUAAAUGGUAAAUUCUUGGCUCAAGCAUCCAGCUCAGUAAAGACAAUUGCCAGAAAAAAUGUUGAAACAAUUGCAUGGAAUAAACUAUGUGAAGAAGCAAUAAUUUUGUUUGUAAAAGAGCAGUGGAUAGCUCACGAGGAUCGACAGAUAUCGAUGAGUGAAGUUUCCGGAAAGAAACAGUAUGAAUUUGGCACUCCUAUUGAUAGCAGUGUUGCUACCAAAAUGAUGAAGCUAAUGGGUUGGAAGGGGGGCGGUUUAGGCGCCGACGCACAAGGGAUUGCAGAACCCAUCAAACCUACCUUACAAAUGGUGAACCGCGCAGGCCUUGGCAGUAUCAGCUCCGAUAUACACCAAUUACGACGCAAGGGUAUGGAGAUGAUGAAGAGGUUCGCAGCAUCAGAACAGCUCGAUGUGGACCUGGUGUUCAGCAAUGAGUUUAGCUCUGAAGAAAGGAGUGCGUUACAUCUCUGUGCGAGGAAAGCUGGUCUCGUUUCUAGAAGUUAUGGAGUGGAUGCUGAUAGAUUCCUGGUCGUAAAGAAAAAGUUUAAUGUAUUUUCAACAGUUGAAGCUGUUGUAGAAAAGGGGGGUUCAACCCCUAAAUAUACAGUCUACAUACCUGCCUCAAUAGAACAUAGAUAA